CUUACAGUCAAAGACCAAGGAAACACACACACCCCUUCGUUUCUGAAUAAUCUGCUGUCUCUCCUUUUACUCUCCCAAAGUUGCUGACUUUCCUCUUCUUUCCCCCACUUUCUCUUUCUCUCUAUUCGUUCUUCUCAGCUCCUACGCUUCCAUGGCUCUUCUCAAUCACAACACCACCUCUCGAUCGCCCAUUUGACGGCUCAGGAGAGACGAAAUCGAUGCUGUAAUUCUCCAGAUUCUUCACUCUUUCUUUUUGCAGCCGAAUAACGCUAUAUUUCGGACUUUUCUGUCACCUAAUUCUGAAACUUUCUUUCUCUCUCUAACAACCAGAGGAGAGAUUCUCAUUGAUUUACAGGUUUUAUCUUCUUUCUCUUUUUCUUAAAGGUGCAAUUCUCCCAAUUUUUGGAAAGUUUUCGGGUUUAAUUUGUUGGGUUCUUUUGUAAAAUUUGUGUUUUUUUUGUGUUUAUUGGUACUGAAUUUUCGUGUUUAAGAAAAUCUAAUUUGAGGGUAGCUUAUGAAUGUUGUAUAUUUAUCUGGGUUUUUUGUUUAGUCGUUAAUUGGUCUUCGAUGAGUCAGUUGUGAUUGAGGGCAAAAAAAUUAGGGUUUCUCUCCAAUUUCGGGUUUUCACCUGAAUUGAGAGGAGAUUUGAGAUGAUUUGCAGGUGGAAAUAGGGUUUUUGGUUGGAUUUUGGGUAGAAUUAAGCGGGUAGAGUAGAGUUGAGAAUUUUUCACAAUUGCUGUUGUUGGAGAAGUGAUGGCUGAUCGAACAGAAGAUAUGAUGAAUUUAGACUUAAAUUUAGGGCCUGUGGCGCCCCCGUCGCCUGUGUUAGGUCCAGGAACGGGGCCGUCAUCAGGGGAAUCUGUGAAUGUCGAUGAGUGGGACUCACCUUAUCUUAGAGAAGCUCUUAGGCAGAGAAGUAGGCAUCGAUGGCGUUGGAGACAGGGCCAGCUACCGUUGGGACCUCAUUCUCUGCGAUUUAUGGUCGAUUCUCAUGGGAGUGGUGGUGAUCUUGGUGCUGGUUCUGGGGUUGAUGGAGAGGAUAAUGGUGGGACAUUACAAGCUGGGGAAGGAAGUGUUACAGCUGAGUUACGAAGCCAUGAUGUGGUCAAGACUUGUGAGAAUAAUAUGAUCCCUAUAGACAAUGGUUCGAUUGCUGAGAAGGAAGAUGUUGAAAAGCCGAACUCUGAGGAGGGAAGUUUUUUCGAUUGUAAUAUAUGUUUUGACUUGGCAAGAGAACCUGUUGUUACUUGUUGUGGCCAUUUGUUUUGUUGGCCCUGCAUCUAUCAAUGGUUGCAUAUUCAUUCGGAUGCUAAGGAAUGCCCCGUCUGUAAAGGAGAAGUCUCACUUAAGAAUGUUACUCCGAUUUAUGGACGUGGGAACCAUAUUCAUGAGGUAGAGGAGGAUGCGGGAAUUAAGGUCCCGAUGAGGCCCUCAGCACGGCGAGUUGAGAGCUUGAGGCAAACUAUUCAGAGGACAGCCUCUUCCUUCCCCAUGGAGGAGAUGAUCCGGCGUCUUGGAGCUCGUUUUGAAUUGACUCGGGAUUUUUUUCAUCAGCCAAAUGCCGAUGGUGAUGCAGACCUACCUACAAGGGCUGCUAUUCUCAAUAGAUAUAUGACCAACCGAGCACUACGGAGGGAGCAAAAUCCUCCUACUCUCCCUGAAGAAGUUGUUGACUUGACACAGGACAGGCCUGAGAUCAUGAAUCGCAGGCUUCCACCUUUAACUUAUCGAAGAGGUCAGUUCCAUAGAAGUAGUGCUGGUCUCUCACCUGGUGCAGCUAGUGGUAGGAUGGUUGAUGCAUAUCUUCGCCGGUCGCCUCCAGGAAGGAGCCAAGAGCUGCAACCACCAUCAGUGGAUGAUCGGGACUCUUUUUCAAGCAUCGCUGCUUCUAUACAUGGAGAGAGCCAAACAGUGGAUACAGCUGUCGAGAUUGAUUCAUUGGUGUCCCUCUCUACAUCAACCUCAAGACGGAGGCAUGACCCUUCUAGAACUUCAGAUUUGGAUAGUGGGGAUUCUCGUGCUCCAAGGAGGAGGAGGUUGAACUAGAAGAAGUUAAAGAAGGUUUCCCCUCACCAAAAUUACAGUCAGGUUUUAAUAUCAACAACACAGUUGAGAAAUAUGUAGUUCUGUUGCAAGUGUCCUUGUCUUUGUUGUAUUAAUGUACUAUGUAAUGCACUUGUUAUUUCAAUAAGGUAAUGCAGUGAUUUGUACUUGAGUAAGUUGAGUUAUACAACUUGUUUGUUGAAUAUUACUCUGCCAUUGGUUUUUUGAUUA